GGCCCAAGCCCCGCAGCGCCUCCAAGGUAAGAUGGCGCCUGGCCCGCGCGCGAGCAGGCGCGGGGGGGCCGGCGGGGGCCUCGGAGCGCUGGGGCAGGACCUGCACCUGAGGCUGGCGCGGUUUCUCGGCUGGCACGAGGCGAUCGCCCUCUGGGCCGCGCUGGCCCCGGGCCGCGCCUCGUGGCGGGUCCUGGUGUCCGCGCUCGUGGCGCAGCGGGGCCAUGACGAGGGGUUCCUGGCCGACCUCUCCACGCUGCGCGACGCUCGCCGCUACCGGGCCCUGCGCGCCGCCUACGCGGAGCUGCACCCGGCGGAGGUGCGCCGCGCGCUCUCGCACUCGUACGCCCCCGACAGGAUGCUGGACGGCAUCGUCGCCGGCGACGACGCCGCGCUGCUCGAGGUGCUGCUGGAGGCGCACAGGCACCUCAGCAUCGACGCCGCUGCGCUGCUGGGGGCCGUGGAGCGCCGCUCGCGGAGGUGCCUGCGGCUGCUGCUCUCGGAGGCCGAGGGCGACGAGGCGGCCGCGGGCCAGGCGCCGGGCCGCGGAGGCGCAGCGUCGGCCGGCAGCCGGCCGCCUCGCGUGAGGAUCGAGUACCCCAGGGCCAGGGGGCCCGCUGCGAGCGCUGCAGAGGCCGGCCCCGAGGGCGUGGACUUCGGCCGCUUCCCCCAGUGCCUGCUGUGGCAGGCUGCGCUGUCGCGGGACGCCGAGAUCUGCGACCUGGUCUGGGGCCACUUGCUCGGCAGGUGCGGCGCGGGCAGCGAGGCCCCGGAGCGGCGGGCGGCCGCGGCGCAGCAGCUGCGCCUGUGGGCCGCGUGCUGCGGCGCUGCUGCGGGCAGCGCUCCGCUGCUGUCGCGCUGCACCGGGCCCCUGCCAGAAAGGGUCUCGUUCCGCGCGGGGGCCACCGCCAGAGGCGGCGCUGCCCCGUCCCUGGAGUUCGAGGACGCGCCCCUCGCCGUGGUGGCCGCUACUUGUGGGCACGCCGCCGCUCUCCGGCAGCUUCUGUCGCUAGGGGCGGACCCGGAGCUGUGCACACGUCGCGGCCUCACUGCGCUCGCGGCCGCGGAGCGGCACCCGCCCGAGCUCUACGGCCGCCUGGCGGCGGCGCUGGGCGUCGGCGGCGGUGGCCACGCCGCGGGCCGGGCUGCUGGUGCACACGCGGUUUCUGCUGGCAGGGGCGCCAGCCCCAUCUCGGCGGCGAUCCAGCGAGGGGACUUCCCGGCCCUGAAGGGGCUGCUGGCGCGCGGUGCACGCUUCCAGGCGAGAGAUAUCCUCUCCGCUGUGAACAGCGGGGAGCUGGAGGUGCUCGCCUUCGUGCAGGGGGAGUGCCAGGCGUCGGUGGACCACGCCGAGUACAGGGCCAUGAUGCGGCAGACCGCCGCGGCGAUCCAGGAGGCCUCGAGGAAGAGGCGCCCGCGGACUCCCGCGGACCAGAGCGAGGAGGCGGCCCAUCAGGCGGUGAUGCGCCUCGGCGGCCAGGUGGUCCAGGCGUGCUCCGCCGCGAAUGCGGCCGCCCCCGCCGCCGCCAGCGCCCCCGCGGUCCUGCCCAGGCCCGGCAGUGGCGCCCGGCCCGGCAGCGGCGCGCGGCCCGGCAGUGGCGCCCUGCGGCGCGCGGGCGCGGCAGCCUUGCAGGGCCCCAGCGGCGUCGUCCGCCAGUCUGGCGGUGCGCUCGCGAAGUGCUCGCCCCCGAAGCCCGUCGCGUGACGGGCCGGGGGCCGUCCGCGCUGCCAGUCACGGCGCCUCGUUCGCGCCCUGGCCCGACGCUGGGGCCCCUGCGAUGUUCGCUCUCGCUGUUUUUCAGGCCGCUGGCCGGGUCUUCUCCUGGUCGCCCAGCAGGCUGACCGCUGUGUGGUGCCGCUCGGCGACGAGCGUUGCGACAGAGAUUGGUGUCCUUCUCGUGCUUGUCCUCGUCGUCCGCCAGAGCUUUCCACGGUGUCCCUUUGGCUUCUUUCGAGGCAUCCCAGAAUCUUGCAGGACGUCUGGCCUUCCCAGCCCCA